AUGCGCCGCGCGCUCCUGGCGCUCCUGGUCGCCGCUGUGGCGGCUGCCGGGGCAGCCCCCGGACCCUCGUGUCCCGUAACGGCACCGGCCGGAGCCGGGACACGGUCCCGCGUGGGGCCGGCCCCGAGGAGAGCCAAGCGCUUCGCCUCCGUGCCGCGGUACGUGGAGAUGCUGGUGGUGGCGGACGAGUCGAUGGCCCAGUUCCAUGGCACGGGACUCCGGCGGUACCUGCUGACGGUGCUGGCAGCAGCUGCCCGGUCCUUCCGGCACGGCAGCCUCGGCAACCCGGUGGAGCUGCGGGUGACACGGCUGGUGGUGCUGGGCCAGGACAACCCCGGGCCCCCCACCACCUCCAAUGCCGCCCAGAUGCUCCGCAACUUCUGCCAGUGGCAGAAGGGGCUCAACGUCCCCGACGAGAAGAGUCCCCUCCACUUCGACACUGCCAUCCUCUUCACCCGGCAGGACCUGUGCGGGGCGGCCACCUGCGACACGCUGGGCAUGGCUGACGUGGGCACCGUCUGCGACCCCGAGAGGAGCUGUGCCAUCGUAGAGGAUGAUGGGCUGCAGUCAGCAUUCACGGCUGCCCAUGAGCUCGGCCAUGUCUUCAACAUGCUGCACGACACCUCCCAGCCCUGCCGGGAGCUGAACAGCUGCUCCGGAGCCGCCCGCCGUGUGAUGGCUCCCGUCCUCUCCUCGCUGGAGCCUGGUGAGAUGUGGUCCCCAUGCAGUGCCCGCUUUAUCACUGACUUCUUGGACAACGGCCACGGUCACUGCCUCCUGGACAAGCCUCCAGAGUGGCUGCAGCUGCCAUCGGCGCUGCCGGGUAGCAUCUACCCAGUGCUGCGGCAAUGCCAGCUCGCCUUUGGGCCCGACUCACGGCACUGCGGUGACCUGCAGCCGCCCUGUGCCUCGCUGUGGUGUACCGGCCACGUUGGCGGCCGCCCUGUCUGCCAGACGAAGCACUUUCCCUGGGCUGACGGCACACCAUGCGCGCCAGGCAGAGUUUGCAUGGACGGGCUCUGUAUUGGCAUCGGCCGCAUGGAGGAGCUCACUACACCCGUGGACGGCGGCUGGGGGCCAUGGGGGCCAUGGGGCAGGUGCUCGCGGACCUGCGGCGGCGGUGUCCAGCUCUCCCACCGCAACUGCACUGCGCCGGUGCCCCGCCAUGGUGGCCGGUACUGCGAGGGCAAGCGCACCCGCUUCCAGUCGUGCAACGUGGAGGAGUGUCCCGGCACCCUCACCUUCCGGGAGGAACAAUGUGCCGCCUACAACCAUCGCCCCGACCUCAUCAAGGGGCUCCCGGCACCCCUCGACUGGGUGCCGCGCUACAGCGGUGUCCCUGAGCAGGACCGGUGCAAGCUGACCUGCCAGUCCCAAGCCCUGGGCUACUACCACAUACUGCAGCCAAGGGUGGCCGACGGGACCCCCUGCUCCCCCGAGAGCACAGGGGUGUGCGUGCAGGGGCGCUGCAUCCCCGCCGGCUGCGACCGUGUCAUCGGCUCCAAGAAGAAGUUCGACAAAUGCAUGACGUGUGGCGGCGAUGGCUCUGGCUGCACCAAGGUCUACGGCUCCUUCACCAAACCCCAUUACGGCUACAACGAUGUGGUGACCAUCCCAGCGGGCGCCACGCACCUCCUGGUCAGGCAGAUCUCGGCGGCAGGUGGUGAGGACGUCUUCCUGGCGCUGCGGCGGCCGGCCGGUGGCUCCCUGCUCAAUGGCGGCUACGUCCUGGUGCCCUCCCCGACCGACGUGGUGCUGGCAGGCGGCGUGACCCUGCGCUACAGUGGGGCCACGGCGGCCACCGAGAUGCUGGCGGGCCGGGGGCCACUGCGCGAGCCCCUGGUGCUGCAGGCGCUGGUGGUGGACGAGCGGCACCCGCCGCGCUUGAAAUACAGCUUCUUCGUGCCCCGGGCGCAGAGACGCCCAUCGGUGGCCUGGGAGAAGCAGAAAGCCGAGAUCCUGGAGAUCCUCAGGAGCCGCCGGCGUGGCAAGUAG